ACUGGCGGAGUGAGAGGGAGAAACACCAUGGCUUCAGAUCCGGGGCUGGCUGCGAUGCUGCUGUGGACUAUAUCACUACAGGCUGUUGGCACGGCAGGAACUAACAGCAACGAAGUGAACCUCCUGGACACAACAACGUACACAGGAGACUGGGGCUGGCUAACGUAUCCAUCGCAUGGGUGGGAUGCCAUUAAUGAGAUGGAUGAGUACUUCAGUCCCAUCCACACGUACCAGGUCUGUAAUGUGAUGAGCCCCAGCCAGAACAACUGGCUGAGAACGGGCUGGGUCCCUCGAGAGGGAGCGAGACGGAUCUACAUCGAGGUCAAGUUCACCCUGAGGGACUGCAACAGCAUGCCUGGAGUACUGGGCACCUGCAAGGAAACCUUUAACCUGUACUACUAUGAGUCUGACAGAGCAGUGGGUUCAGCAAUACGAGAGAACCAGUUUAUCAAGAUCGACACCAUCGCUGCUGAUGAGAGCUUCACUGGGGUGGACUUGGGAGUCCGAAGGCUGAAACUCAACACUGAGGUUAGAGGUGUGGGCCCUCUGAGCAGGCGAGGCUUUUACCUGGCCUUCCAGGACAUCGGCGCCUGCAUAGCCCUCACCUCCGUGCGAGUUUACUACAAACGCUGCGUGGGUGUGAGCCGCAACUUGGCUGUGUUCACUGAUGUGGUGACGGGAGCAGACUCGUCCUCUCUAGUGGAGGUCAGGGGUCAGUGUGUGGAUCAUGCUGAGGAGAGGGAUACGCCCAAAAUGUACUGCAGCGCCGAAGGAGAGUGGCUGGUGCCGAUCGGGAGGUGUGUUUGCUCAGCAGGAUUUGAAGAACACAGAGACUCUUGUGUGGCCUGUGAGGUGGGCUUCUAUAAGCCAGUGGCGGGAGAUGGCCUUUGUGGUAAAUGCCCUCAGCACAGCCACUCUGAGACCAGGGCUGCUCUUUCCUGCCCCUGCGACUCCAACUACUACCGAGCAGCAGACGACCCACCAGCAGCUCCUUGCUCCCGCCCUCCAUCUGCUCCGGUCAGUGUCAUCUCCUCAGUCAAUGGGACGUCUGUGAAUCUGGAGUGGGAACGCCCUCUGGAUACUGGAGGUCGCAGCGAUCUCCAGUACAGCGUGUCAUGUCUGAAAUGCUCUGGGGAAGGAGGGCCCUGUGAGGACUGUUCAUCCUACCCAGGAGGCACUAGUGGAGGGAAAACAGGAGCGAGUAUCGGGGUCGGGGGAGGAGGACUGGUGGAGCGUACCGGCACUGCAGCUGUUCGAUUUGUUCCCCGGCAGAAUGGCCUGACAGAGCCCUGGGUGACGGUGCUCAAUCUGGUGGCUCACACCAACUACUCCUUCCGCAUCUCAGCCAUGAACGCCGUGUCACACCUGAGCAAUGAGCCGUCGCUUUACGCCAUGGCCAACAUCACAACAAACCAGGCAGCGCCCUCUGAGGUCUUGGCGAUCCGCCAGGAGAACACCAGUCAGAACAGCGUGACUCUGAUGUGGCAUGAACCUGACCAGCCAAACGGAGUGAUUCUCGAGUAUGACAUCAAGUACUAUGAGAAGGACAAUGAAGAGCAAAGUUACUCUACUCUGAAGUCUAAAAAUACCAGUGCCCGAGUGUCAGGACUAAAGCCAGGCACCAAGUACAUAUUCCAGGUCCGAGCCAGAACAUCAGCUGGUUGUGGACGCUUCAGCCAGAACGUGGAGAUCCAGACUGGGAAAGCAGCUCCCCUGCGCUACAACACUAUGUCCAUAAUCUGGAUCUGCAUGGCCCUGGUAUCUGGCCUGGUCACCUUUCUGGCCAUCAUAAUCUGCAGGAAACGGCAAGGCUACACUCUACCACACUACCCGUCGCUGCUACACUGUGGCUACAGCAAGGCUUUCCAAGACUCUGACGAGGAGAAGAUGCAUUACCAGAACGGUCACGUGUCAUUCCCCGACGCGAGGUUCUAUAUCGACCCACACACAUACGAGGACCCCUGCCAGGCAGUGCAUGAGUUUGCCCGAGAAAUUGAAGCUUCCAGGAUCAAAAUAGAGAAAAUCAUUGGUUCAGGGGAGUUUGGGGAAGUAUGUUAUGGACGUAUGAGACUUCCAGGAAAGAGGGACAUCCCAGUGGCCCUGAAGACCCUGAAGGCAGGAUACACAGAGAAACAGAAGAGGGACUUCCUGGCUGAGGCGUCAAUCAUGGCCCAGUUUGACCAUCCCAACGUCAUCCGUCUGGAAGGAGUGGUAACACAGAGUAAACCAGUGAUGAUCAUCACAGAGUACAUGGAGAAUGGCUCUCUGGACUCCUUCCUUAGGAGACAUGACGGCCAGUUCACCAUCAUCCAGCUGGUGGGCUUGCUGCGUGGCAUUGCAGCAGGUAUGACCUACCUGUCUGACCUGGGCUACAUCCACAGAGACCUGGCUGCCCGCAACAUCCUGGUCAACAGCAACCUGGUGUGUAAGGUGUCUGACUUCGGCCUGUCCCGGGUGCUGGAGGAUGACCCUGACGCUGCAUACACCACCAGUGUGAGUUUUCACAUUGAGGGCGGAAAAAUUCCAAUCCGUUGGACGGCACCAGAGGCCAUCGCCUACAGAAAGUUCUCCUCCUCCAGCGACGUGUGGAGCUAUGGGGUGGUCAUGUGGGAGGUCAUGUCCUAUGGGGAGAGGCCAUACUGGAACCUCACUAACAGAGAUGUGAUCAAAUCAGUGGAGGAGGGCUACAGGCUUCCUGCUCCUAUGGGCUGCCCUGCUGCUCUACACACACUCAUGCUGGACUGUUGGCAGAAGGAUCGCAAUGAGAGGCCUCGCUUCUGCCAGAUAGUCACUGUUCUUGACAAGCUAAUCCGGAACCCAGAGAACCUGAAGUCUAUGGACACACUCUGCAGUCUAAGCAGUCCUCCACUGAUGGAGAGAGCUAUUCCAGACUUCAGUAGCUGUAACUCUGUAAAUGAGUGGCUGGACACCAUAAAGAUGGGCCGCUACAAGGACCACUUUGCAGCAGGGGGGUACCACACUCUGGGACAUGUCAUAAGCAUGAACCAAGGGGACAUCCAGAGGCUUGGGGUGACGCUGAUGGGCCACCAGAAGAAGAUCAUGACCAGUGUUCAGCUGAUGAGGGCACAGGUUCUAAACAAGAGUGUGCCAUCUGUCCACGUAUAACUCCAUUGCUGAGGUUUCUUUCUGCUGAAAUCUAAAACCAAGGCUUCUGUUAGGUCAAGAGGGAGUCUGCAGGAUUUAAGACGAUCUCUUAAAGUGGACAAAUGAAUAUAUGGGAACUCAACAAGACUUUCCACAAGAAAUUGGAGAACAAAACAUGAAAGGUACUAUAAACUAUGGAGAAAGCAAGCACGACUUUAAUGGGACAAGUCCAACCUUUCAUUUUUUCCUAUAUGAUAACAUUUUCUGAGUUCAAAUGUCUUCUUUAUACAUGGAAAGACUGCCUUAAUUACCACAAAUUAUUUUCAUUUUAUUGCCUACAAAGAGAAGAUAAUUUAUCAAUCAUGAAUUUAUCAGAGAAAUAUGAUUUAGUGACCUGAGCAAUACCAAGGUGAUGAGGUGGGUGGGGAUGAGGGGGUGUUCAGAUGAUUUGAAGACAAACGCUGCCUUUCCUGCAGCAAAGGCUUCAGGACCAUGAUUCCCAGAAUGAAGCUCGAGUCUGAAAAAGUGGAGAAAAGUGAGAUAGGGCUCAACCGAGUUGCCAGAUCGUCUCCACAGCGGAGAAGACCUAUUUCACCUGAGGCUAUUAAUACCAACAACAGGCACAUUUCUUGGCCACCCAACCUUGAUGAAUAAUCCCAGGAGAGUCACGGAGCCCUCUGCCCAGUCUGAAGCCGCGUGGCGCACAAAUUCUGUACUUUGGAAGAUCUGUAUGAUUCAGUUACAGUGCACUUUAUUCUACAAUCUCUUUAUGUAAGAGGCUUUCCUUGUUGUGUCACAAAUCUCUUUAUCAGCCACUACUGGAGAGAAUGAUACUGUAUAAAACCAAGACAGGACACAGAUUUCUGAUGCUUGUUCAUGUUAGCAGCUUGCCCAUGAGAUUUCUUUCAAUAUUUAUUUGCAGUAGCAAUAAACUAAAAUAAAAUCUAUUUAAAUUAUACAAAACA